AAUAUUUAUUAAUAAAAAAAUCAUCCGAAAAUGUUGAAGCAAGUAACCAGGCAAUUGGCCCUCCAGGGAGUGCGCAACUUCUCGGUCAGCCAGCAGAACAACUUCAAAGUGACCGUCUGUGGUGCCUCCGGCGGCAUUGGCCAGCCUCUGUCGCUGUUGCUCAAGCAGAAUCCCCUGGUCACGGAUCUGUCUCUGUACGACAUUGUGCACACACCCGGUGUGGCCGCCGAUCUGUCCCACAUUGACACCAAGAGCAAGACUGUCGGAUUCAUGGGCGCCGACCAGCUGGGCGAAUCCCUGAAGGGCUCCGAUGUGGUUGUCAUUCCCGCUGGAGUUCCCCGCAAACCGGGCAUGACCCGCGAUGAUCUGUUCAACGUGAACGCCGGCAUCAUCAAGGACAUUGCCAGCUCCAUUGCCAAGAACUGCCCCAAGGCCCUGAUAGCCAUCAUCACGAAUCCCGUGAACACCUGCGUGCCAAUUGCUGCCGAGAUCCUUAAGAAGGCUAGUGUCUACGAUCCCAAUCGUCUGUUCGGUGUCUCCACCCUGGAUGUGGUGCGUGCCCGCGCCUUCAUCGGCCAUGCCCUGAAUGUUGAUCCACAGACAGUGCAGAUCCCCGUGAUCGGCGGCCAUUCGGGUGUGACCAUUCUGCCCGUGCUGUCCCAGAGCCAGCCUCUGUUCAAGGGCAGCCAGGACGUCAUCGAGAAGCUAACGGUGCGCAUCCAGGAGGCCGGCACUGAGGUGGUCAAAGCCAAGGCUGGAGCCGGUUCAGCCACCCUCUCGAUGGCCUAUGCCGGUGCCCGCUUUGCUGGAUCCCUGCUGAAGGGCCUCAACGGCGAGAAGAACGUUAUCGAGUGCUCCUAUGUGCAGUCGACCAUCACGGAGGCCACCUUCUUCUCCACCCCUCUGGUGCUGGGCAAGUCAGGUCUGAAAGAGAACCUGGGUCUGCCUAAGCUCAAUGACUACGAGAAGAAGCUGCUGGAGGCCGCCAUCCCCGAGCUAAAGAAGAACAUCCAGAAGGGCAUUGACUUUGCCAACGCCUAGGAACCAGCAUACAUCCAUCCAUCCCACGAAUUCCCUUGAUUGUGUACUUCAUUAGCGCCUUUGUGUCUUGUGUCCAAACCACCGGAUUGGCAUACUCCCUUUUAGCAAAUCUUUCUUUUUAAGUUGGAAAAGUGUGCAACGCUUAGCGUGUGCAAAGAUUAGCCAGAUCUGCGCUCUGUGUGUCGUAAGCAAUGCAAUCUGUUGAUAUCUGAAAUAAACAAACUAUGAAAUUGGA